CUACAUUGGGUACCCCUCCACUUCAUUGCCUCCGUAGUUGUAGACGCAAGAAGAAAAGCAAGACUUGUCUAUUACCAUCAUAUUACGAUCCACACUCGUUUGUGAAACGCUUUCAUAUUUCCUUUGUGUCCUGUUAGUGCGUGGAUUUAAGUCGACUGGAACCUGUAUCUGGAGAAAACGAUGUACACAGUUCACGUUAUCAUCCAACAAUUUCGCUCUUCGUGUGGGUGAUAACACGAACCGCUUGUCCUGGCUAAUCUAUUAACUCGUCCGUUCAAUGCCUUCCGGUUCACAAGCAUCAUCCUCAAUUCGGCGUUCCACAAAGUGUAGAAAAUUGACCGUCUCGUUCGUGAUGCUCUUCUUCGUGGCGUCCUUUCUCCUACUGCUCGUCUGGAGUGUGGCCUCAAACCUCCUCUCCCCAACGGAAGGAGGAGGUGUUCAGAGUUCCCAAGUCUCCCUGGACCAGAUUUUGGAACGUUUACAAGAGAAAAUCGAGAGGCUGGAGAACAAGUUGAACUUGGCUGAAGAAAUGAUUCAAGAAAUCCACGAGGACUCUGAAUUCUAUAAUCGACACCAGUCCCCAACGGUGGAGCAUGGCUUGAUCGAACUGCGAGUGGCGGAUUGGAACGCGUCUCUGCAGAAUGGACUUGAAGACGCCAUCAGUCGGUUCGAGGCCGGGGAGAGUUUGGGUCCCCACUUCCGGUCCACUUGGAGUCUCUACUUGACCUCGACACGUUUGUCGACGGGGGACGUCCUCAACGUGCACCUUGCUUUGGACAAGUGGGCCAAGCAGCAUGUCUGGGCAGGGUUCAAGGUCCGUCUGUAUCGUGGGGAUGGUCAGCUCUUCCUCUCCCGGAGCCACCCCGUAACUGAUGUUCUCACAAACUUGGAGGAGUCUGACAGUGGUGAGACGUGGGCAGAGAUAUCGAUACCAAAUCUGAUGCCCUUGAGUAGCGUCCCCCAACUGCUAAACCGUAAUGGGUCACUCCGGCUCACAGCCGAACUGGGACUGAUUGGACAUGGUCACAGGGUGUACAGACCGAAAAUUGGGUCAGCGCCUCAAAGUGACACUCAAACGGUAGUGUUUACAGUGGCGAGCAAUAGCAUCUCGACGUCCAAUGACAGUACAAACAAGGGCAGCAACACCACCACUACCUUUUCCAACUUCCAGUUAAGUCAUCCAUGGGGAGGAGUGAGCUCGUGGGGUGCGAAAGUGCAGAAGAGCAGCGGCGAGGACAUUUCGUUUUCGCUCAUUUUGAGUCAAAUUCAGGAUGAUGCGGUGGAGUGGGACGAGCUUUUUGCUGCAUUUACCGUCAGUGUGUCUGGAGCAAGUUCAGGAGUGGGAUCUGCUCCGUUGCACAACUUCAUGGCCGAGCCGGAAGCAACGCUGGUCAACUUCGCGACAAGUCCAAAUAAAAAUACUACAAACGCCAAGGAUGAUCUUUUGGAGUUCAGAGUUGGCGUCACCGUGUUCAAUCGCAAUGCAAGAUUUGGUGUCAAUUUUCGAUAAGGAGCAGGACCCUCAUAAGUGGCAUAAUAUGCAAUAAAUACAUGACUUCAUAAUGUGUACACAUAUUUUAAUGCUUGAAAUGUACAAAACGGGGAUGACUGUUGUCCAUCAUGAUUCAGCAUAAUGAAUAAAUUCAUACGAGUCAAUCAAAUAAAAAAUAUAAAUAAAUAAAUAAA